AUGGGUGGUUCUAGAGAGGGGCCAAUGGGGGCCACUGUCCCUGUAGACCAUGUCCUGGCUCCUGUUAUGGCCCCUAUGAAGAUGGCUUCUAGGAAGAGAAAGAAAACAGAAAAUGAGAAGGACAUCAGGACCCAUCCUGAUCAAGAAAAUAUCCCUCCUGGAGAAGCCCACAGCCCACCCAAUAAAAGAUCAAAGGGAGAUCCAUUUCUCCAGAUUAAUACAUCAACCCCUCUGGGAGUAAGGGACACCAAUGGUGGAAGUUCUAUGACCAAACAUCAAAAUCAUCAACCUCUUUCAGUCAACUCCAACAUCAAGGGGAAGAACAGGAUAACGGGCAAGGACGGUUUAAAACUAGAUCAGAAAGCCCAGCUUUUAGUGGAAAAGCUGCAGAAAAUCUCCCUGUCAACAGAAAAGGUCGCCAACCAUUUUCCAAAAGCAUACAAAACACGAUCGCCGACUUAUAACCGAGAAAAGUCGCAAACAUUCCGUAAAGGCAUCGGAAAUGUAGGGAGUGUGACUGGAGAGGGUUCGAGGAGAGCAGCUGAAACACAAAAUCGGGAGGUGAUUUCUGAAGUUCCAGAUGGGAACCAAUCAUUGGAGAGCAGAUCUACAGAUCCUUGUAAACUAGAAACACCAAACCUCAAGACCGAAGAGCAUCUCAGUCAAGAGGAAUGGGAAUCCAAUUGUGAAGAAAUAGGGAGAUCUGUUUGUAAAAUCAUUGUGGAUGGUGUGUGUCAGGGAACAGGUUUUGUUCUCGUCGAUAGGCUUAUCAUGACAAGUGCACAUCUGUUCAGAGAUCCUGAGGAUUUAAAUAAGCUGCUGGUUCCCAAAGAGGUCAAUGUUGUCUUUGACCAAAAAACCAACAAGAGAAAACCUCAUCAGGGACCAGGUGAUAGUGGCAGUGACCCGGUUCUGGAUGAAGCAGGAGACGAGGAGGAAACCAGCAGCUUUACUGUGGAGGAAACAUUUGUCGAUGUUGAUGUAAUGCUGGAUUACGUGGUCCUUGCACUCAUACCUAAAGGCCAAGGAGCAAAGCAACCCCAAGUACCACCAGGUCUCCUAAGGAGAUUCGGACCAGUGCUGGGGAGUGGGGAUAUCUGUAUCAUCGGGUAUCCUUACGGAGGAGAGAAGACUUUUAAAUACACAUCUAUAAUUAACAAAGAAAAUAGGGAGAAGGUUAAGGAAGAGCAUUUAGCUCAAUACAAAGGCUUGAUUAUCACAGAGAAUUCUGUCAGAUUUAUUGCAGAGAACCAAGGAUUUAAUGACAUAAUAAUGGGUGGAUUCAAAGCAAACCAGGUGACAACUUAUUGUUCUUCCAUGUACGAAGGAACAUCAGGCUCUCCGGUUACCGGUAGGAACAGGCGCCAGGGCACAGUUAUAGCGAAGCACGUUGGCGGGUAUGGCUAUGGGUUUCCAAAGAUUACAAGGAGCGUGAUUGAGUUUGCCCAUCCACUGAUCACCAUAUUUAAAAAGCUUGUGGAUAAUCUAAAGGAAAAUGGACAAGAGCAAUGGCUGGAUAAAGUCAGGUUGGAGGUGCAAAAAAACGUCCACCUUAAAAAGUUAAUUAAAUAGUUUAUUUGAGUUGAUAAGAAAGCACUGAAAGCAGACUUCUGAAAAAAAGCUGUCUGCUAACUCAACAAGCAGAGUUAGAUACUAUUUCUGUCAGGUCUAAGCACCUAAAACAUCAUACAUACAUACAGGGAAAGAAAGAAGGCACAGGGACAAUUAAUUUAGUUACUCGCGAGGAGAAUAGGAAGGAGACUGCGGAGUUUACAAUCUCCACCCCACUCUGCAGUCUUCAGCUUUCUCCUUGCUAUUUAUUGAAGAAAAGGGGAUGUCCCUAAUUACAUCAG